CGCUCCGCGUAAGAAGGACGCAAGUGAGAGCAGCGAUGGGGCUCGGGGCCUAUGUGAUCUUUUUGCACUGAUGGGGUCCUGCUUCUCGCUUGAAGAGCGGUCCAAGAGCCCUCUCUCGGAUUAUCUCCAGAAUUCGCAAGAAUGUUUACUUUUGUUGUGUUAUUGUCCGAUCACAACUAAUCUCUUGUAGAGAGAAUUAGCUAAUAUCUGCGGUUGCUGAAAUUUCAACGUAGCGAGUCGAGUGCCGCUUGUGAUUAGAAUCCGGUGCCUACAGUGCAGACCUUCUCUUCAAGGUGGAGGGCAGCGCGAAUUUGGGAAGCAGAAUGGUCGGCCUUUCUGGCGGGGGGCACCUCUUCAGCCCUGUGCCGGCCCCAGAAGGUUCUGAAAUGCCGGGGUGUCCCCCAGACCAAGUCUACCCGGUCAGGGAUAUGGCAGGGAUGAAUGCUGGUGCUCCAACAUCCGCAGAUGCAUGCCUCAGUAUUGUUCACAGUCUUAUGUGUCACAGACAGGGAGGUGAAUCUGAGGGUUUUGCAAAGCGAGCAAUAGAAUCUCUUGUCAAAAAAUUGAAGGAAAAACGUGAUGAACUUGACAGUCUGAUAACGGCUAUCACAACUAAUGGAUCACAUCCAAGCAAAUGUGUAACUAUUCAAAGAACAUUAGACGGUCGUCUGCAGGUUGCAGGACGGAAAGGAUUUCCUCACGUUAUCUAUGCAAGAAUAUGGCGCUGGCCAGACUUGCACAAAAAUGAACUGAAGCAUGUGAAAUUUUGUCAAUUUGCUUUUGAUCUCAAAUGUGAUUCAGUUUGUGUCAAUCCUUACCAUUACGAGAGAGUUGUGUCACCAGGCAUAGACAUGUUUUCAGAUUUGUCUGGACUGACUCUUCAAUCCGGACCAAGCCGUUCUGUGAAAGAUGAAUAUUCAGCUGGAGUUAUGGGUCUUGGUGGAAUGGAUCUUGAAAGUGAUAUGGCAAUGGCCCAGACAAUUCAACAUCACCCAGGACAGUAUACCAUGCCUGGAAUGGCCCCACCUCAAUCGGCAGGUGAAGGUGGCCUGCUCUUCGGUCAAGGUCAAGGCCGCUUACCUCCGAAGCUGGAGGCUCCUGUUUAUUCUCCCCGAUCUUCCUGGUUACCUCCACGAAUAGCCCAUUCUGGUUUUCCAACUCACCAACAACACUCGGUGGUCACUUCUCCAAGUGGCCUCAGUUCAAGCUCUGGUCUGCGCCCAACUCCCUCUGGACCAGGGGCCCCCUCUGGGUCCCAACAAGUCCCAAGUGGAACAAUUUUAUCUCCCUCUCAACCUGGACUAGCCAUGGCAAGCAGCUCCUCAAGUUACUUUGGAGCGGCUGAUCAGUCACAUCAGGCAGCCUUGUCUCCAGACCCAACUCACAGCAGUCUUACCUCAAGUAUAGGUAGCAACCAAAGUUCCAUUCCACCCACUGCCAUAUCUCCACCUCGUAUGCACCAGAAUGGAUACAAUCCAGUCCCUCCUCCAAGUCAACAAGCUCAGUCACCUAACCCACCAAGUCAACAGCAAUCACCCCCACCACAGGUUGCUCCAAAUUCCCACCAAGCUUCAGUACCUGUUGUUGCCCAGCCCCCACCUCAACAAACCAGUCAAGUACAAGUGGCCUGUCAGCCACUUCAAAGUCAGUCCCAGUCGGUGCAACAAGUUCCCCAGUCUACUGUGUCGCAGACUCAAGUUGGUCAACAGGCUCAAGCCCAAUCAACAGGUACGGCAACCCAAGUAACGUCUCAGGCCUUUGGAGGUGCCCCCUCCUCAUGGGGUAGUAGGGGCAACAGCACACUGACUUAUACCCAGAGUAUGCAACCUCCUGACCCACGUCAUCACCACAGUAACUUCUGGAAUCAAACUGUGCCUGAUACUAUGGGCUUGCUUUCUUCUCAACCUGCUCCUGAAUAUUGGUGCUCUGUUGCUUACUUCGAGCUUGACACUCAAGUUGGUGAGACUUUCAAGGUUCCAUCUACUUGUCCAAAUGUAACUGUGGAUGGCUAUGUUGAUCCCUCAGGAGGAAAUCGCUUCUGCUUGGGUGCUUUAAGUAAUGUUCAUCGUACUGAACAGAGUGAAAAGGCCAGAUUGCACAUUGGAAAAGGUGUGCAAUUGGACCUUCGUGGAGAAGGUGAUGUUUGGCUCCGUUGCCAAAGUGAUCAUUCAGUGUUUGUACAGAGCUACUAUUUAGACCGGGAGGCAGGUCGUGCUCCAGGAGAUGCAGUGCACAAAAUCUAUCCUGCAGCCUACAUCAAGGUGUUUGAUCUCCGGCAGUGCCAUCGCCAGAUGCAGCAGCAGGCUGCAACAGCGAACGCCGCUGCCGCUGCUCAAGCUGCCGCGGUAGCGGGACACAUACCUGGACCCCACGCCGUUGGGGGUAUUGCUCCCGCCAUCAGUAAAUGUUUGAGUGCUGCAGCUGGGAUAGGGGUAGAUGAUUUGCGACGGUUAUGUAUUCUUCGAUUGAGUUUCGUGAAGGGCUGGGGCCCAGAUUAUCCCAGGCAGUCUAUCAAGGAAACACCAUGCUGGAUAGAGGUGCAUCUUCAUCGUGCUUUACAACUGCUUGAUGAAGUCCUACAUACAAUGCCCAUAGAUGGACCUCGAGCCAUUGAAUAAUUAUACUUCCAUUUUUAUUUGGUGUGUCAUAACUUCUUUUCUCUCAUCAUUUAGUUUACCUUGGGCCGUACAAAUAUAAAAUCAAAGUUAUUUCCUUCCAUUUGCUUCCUUAAUUUCUCAACUUACAAAAUAUUGUAAAAUAACAAAAUGUUGUAAAAUAUUUAUUGGAUAGAAUGUAUCAUUUUUUUUCUUUUAAGACUUUUCUAAAGGCAUCUUUUGUACUUUUAUAUCGAAAUCUUAAAAUUCAUUUUACUAUUGUUUAAAUCUUGUCAGCAUUGAAAUCAAGUCUGUGGGAGGGGUCAGGAGUGUUCUUUUUUGUGUAAACGAACUCUUUUUUUAAAAAAAUGGGCCUUUUAAUAGACUUUGCAAGCCAUUGACUGGGUAGGGCCUGUUAGUGUUGUGAGGAAAAAUGUAUUACCAAGACAUCACUUCUAAAACUAGUUUACUAACCCUACUCACAAUUACAUUGAAUUUUACAAGUAAUGUACAUUAGUUGUUUUGACUAUGGUUGGCUGCUGUGUAAUUUUACCCUUUAUAAAAAUAAUCAGAUUGAUCUCCAUAGAUGUGUUAUCAACCAUACAAUAUUCUAUCUAACUGAGUUUUGAUGCGGAAGUGGUAUUCUGUUAUGUAAGUUGGUCCUAUCGUGAAGACAAAGCAGUGGCAGAAGAGUGGGUCUAAAGCUCGCAUACCACCUACCAGUUUCAGUUUUUGAUUUUGAAUGAAAGCUCCCGUGUAAUUACUUAUUAGGCUUAAUGGGGUGCUCAUAAAAUGUGUUAUCUGUUUCUAAUCUAAAGUUUUUUACCCCUGACAGCUAAACGCAUGCACUCAUGCGCAUCUCCAUUAAUCAAACCCAACACGGUAAAGAGUUAUGAUUUGAAUUAAUUCCAAACUUGUUCACUUCAAAAGUCCUGUAUCAGAUUUUCAGUUUCACUGCAACCCUCAGAGGUUUGGGUGUGUCGUCUGUCAUCAACGGUAAUUUGGUAGCCCCUGAAAUUAAGAGUUUCAAUUGAUGUGCGUGACUGUAGUAAUAUAGGCUGCAGGCCUCAUGUUGUAGGAAGUCUAUCAUAUUCCUUCUAAUUUAGUAAUUUAAUGAACUGGCAGCAUAACUUACGCUUGAAUUGAACAGGUUUCUCUUUUACAUGUGAAUGGUGUUUUUUCUAUACAUUGACAAAUGUAAAAAAAAAAAAUUGCGCCGUGGCUGCUAUUUGUUUUUAUUUUUCUCUUGCUAAGUAAUUUGUUUUGAUUCUGUAAUGAUUUUGUGGUUUUAUAUUUUGUUACAUAACAUGUUUACUCUUAUAAUCGAAUGUCCUCAGUUUAAAUGUUAGCUGCAAAACACGUUCAAUUUUCAUGUAAGUUACUGUCCAAUUCCUCUUUUUUCCCAAAUACUUGAGUUAUAAGCAGUCUGUUCACUCUUUUCUGUAACCUGACAUCUCAUGUCCUUCACCAGGUAGCAGUUGCAUUCUAAGCAUAGUCCUUUGUUGGUAUCUUGUAAGACUGAUGAUGUAUCUAUGUCCAACUGAGCAGACUUCUUAUACUUAUUUGAGGAGUACCUAAGUAUCCUGGCCAACAACCAAUGUGAAUAUUUCUGUAAUACUAAUGUAUUUUGCUCUUGAUUUGUAAUAUCUAUUCAAAAUUUGUAAAGGAUUGGCCCAUAUUGUCAUUUUUAUUAAGUAGACAGUGCCAAUAUGUCCAACCUUAGCCUGAGAUGCAAACAAAAAUCCCCUUCUUGUGCAGCGAACGCUAACAAAGUUGAGGUGAAGCCAAUAAUCUUAAGGACUGAGUGGAACAGGGUUACUAACAACUGCACUAAGACAGUUGAGACUUGAAUGCUUUUCAGAUGAUUAUUUCUAUCUCCUCUUCAAUUACCAAAGAACUGAUGUUUUAUUUAAGUUGGGUUUUAAGACUUGUAUGCUGUGCUCAUUUUAGUCUAACUUUUGUGAGGCUUUCUAUGUAUGUUUGUGACAUGCAUAUUACUUUUAACAACCAGAAUUGUGCAGUACUAUUAAUUUAAGAUGGUUUAUCUUCUUUUUUUAAAUUUAAAAUCAAAUUAUUCUGUGUACAGGCUUGGUUGUGUCUCUUGGACAGAAUUGGUGAGAUUAGAUUGUAAUGUGUUUUGCAAGAGGAAUAGUGUAUUAUGUAUUGUGCUUGGUGCUGUUACCUAAAGUAGUGCAGAGAGGUGUAAUGACUUUCUUUUUUUUUCCCCCUUCUGAAAUUUGACCUACAUCUUGAUGUAGAAGGACUCAAAAUUUCCAAUUGAUGUUAGAUAUACUUGGAUUUGGUAUGUUUAGAAAUUAAAAAAUUAAAUUAAUGCUUUUCAACUUAUCCAUUGUCUUAGCAUGUAAGAAUUAACUAUUUGGUGUCUACUUACUGUAAGCUCUAUUUUAGCAGCUUCUUUUAAAAGAAUUCUUUCCCUUUACAUCAAUGCGUGUAACUUAGGUCAACACUGAACUGCUGAUCAAAACAAAGGCUUGAUUGUAUUUUUGUUUAUCAUGUCGCAUUAUUCUAUUGUAUGUUAUGGAUUUACAAAAUUGCUCUCCUUGGAUGUAAUUAUGGAUUUCACAAAUUGUAUUUUUAAAUGAUUCCAGUUAUGUGUUUAAAUUGUGAUGCCUUUCAAUAUUGUUUUUCAAAAUCAUUAAGUGUACAAUUUAGGGUAUGAAAGAGAAAGUUUAUAUUUAAUUAUUUUACGCAAGAUUUUAUUUUUUUGAGUUAAAUAUUUAGGACAUCUAUUUUUGUGUAUUUACUGUUCAAACUCUAAAUUCUUGUUCAGUUUGUUUUUAAUUAAGUAUUUUUGUUGUUUUUUCUGUUUCAUUGACUUCCUUACUAUUAUGAGAUUGCUACAUUAUAGAGUAUCUGCUUGAAUAGGUAAGCUCUGAAGAUAAAAACUAGUUCUUGAAUGACUCUCUGGUCAUUACAUUUCACUUUAAAGCACUUUCUUUUUUUUUCUUGAAUGAAAGGGUUUUUAUAUAUGCCUCAAGAAGGGCACUGUUGACAUAGCAGAAACUAUGGAUCAAUCUAAUCAUGUCCCAUCUGACCUCAUACAUGUUGGAUAGCCUUUUUACCGCAAUGCUUGACUGGAGUGAAUGCUUGUUAUCACCUUCAAUGAUAAAGAAGCAAGAUUUUGAGUUCAUCAGGCCUUGUAUUCAAAGCAGUAUCCUAUGAUGUAAUUGAAUAGUUUGUGUGUGUCCUUUAUGUAAGGUUGAGUUUUCUCAUAGGUGUAGGAAAAGUCUACUGUUUUAUUUUGAUCUAAUCCUCUAUUUUUAUCCAUGUUGAUCUCUGUCUUUAAUUUGUUUACUUUCUGUGGAAUACUUGAUAUGCUAUGUCAUUAGUUAAUUUGCAGUAGAUGUUUUCAUAGUUUCUUGUAGUAAUGGGAUAUACAUAACUAAGCAUGUGAGCCGUAAAUCGUAUUUAUGUGUUGUGUGAAGAGUCUCACUAUUUUAUUGUGGACAUUGUUACCAAUUGUACUUUCUAGCUGCAGUCUUGGAGUCUUAUAACAAUGACAAUUUAGUUGUGUCUGAUUUUUGUGUGGAGCUUUUGUCAUGACAGGCAAUGCAAUACUUUCAAAUAAUAUGCAAAAACUCAAGAUAUUGUGAUAAUUGUUUUCAUUAUUGGUGUAUAUAAUUUUCUGGAUAAUUACAUCUUGUUGGCUUAUGUACAAUGUACCAACUAUUUUGUAGUCAUUUCUGUACCUUUCCAGUUUUUAAAUUUGUUUCAUUUUUUAUUGUAAUUUUGUUACAAGUGCUAAUAUGUAAAAUGAUUCAGCUCAGUAAAUCCUUUUGUGACCACUGAGAAAGA